AUGGAGGUCAUUCACAGCAGGCCCUAUUGUUGCAGAGAGCUUGAAGGGGCUGACCUACUGUCCAACACCUUCUACUCUAAUGAAUUGCACACCCCGCUACAAACAGCUGCUCGCCCAACUGCCUCAGAGGACAGGUAUCAGGAAUUAAGGGAGUCACUUCAACAAUGUAGACUUCCGUGGGGUGCUGAAAGGGAAUAUGGUGGGAUAAUACCCAUUUCACUCCCAGAGGAACACAGGCCAAAAUAUCGUUUCAUGGGCAAAGGACAUCAACAUUACGGAUUUGGUGGAGAAACCUGGCCGAGAAAACUUCCUAUUGAACAAUACUAUUAUUUGACGCAGAAUAAAAAAAGUGACGUCUAUGGAAAUGAUUCUUUGAUGCCCAAACCACCUAAUUCAACAGUAGGAGAAAUCUGUUCUUCAUAUCCAAUUGAACACCCGUACCACACACACAUCUCACGUGGUGCCAUGUUCCCGACCUUUACCUCACCUAAGGAUCUCUACACCGGCAUUAAAGCCCGAAACCAACAGCCAUUUCCUCCCACUGUGCCAACAAAGGCUUAUGAUACAACGAUUUUGAAAACAAGAGGUAAUCCUUACAGAUAUGAACUGCUUGAUUUUCCAAUGGAUUCAAAAAAGAAAGCCUUGACUUGGCCAGGUCAGGGUGUAUAUUAUGAUUUUCCUGAAUGUGUUGAGAAAAAUAAGCCUGUAUUCUACCCAAAACCUCCUAAAACCUUCGCUCCUAACACUUCUUUAAAUUCGUGGGACCCUAUUAGCUCUCUAAAAGAAGCCAACAUACAAAGAAAUCUUGAAAGGUCCCACUGGAUCCCUUCAUACACUCAUGAUUUUACAGGUCUGGGGCCCAUGAACCCCCUUGAACUGGAUGAUUACCAUGAAAAGGAGGUAGCAGAGUUAACUGGACAGAUAGGAUUUGACCCAGAGCCUCAAGAAAAAUUCCAUCCUGUCUUAAAACCUUCCAGGCCCUUGGAAGGACGAACUGCUCGACUGAUUCAGAACCGACGUCCUCUAGAGGCUAUUGUCCAGCAAAGACAGCCCUCCUGUCCAGAUUGUACCCCUAGAGUUUUGUGUACUUUUCAUACCUUUGUACCCAGUUCUACAGAAAUGAUGGCACUUUGUGAUAACACACUGGCAGGUGUCACCCAUAAAAAGCAGGAAAUUGAAGACAAGAUUAAGCAAGAACAAAGCUUGCUAUCUACCUAUGCAUCCCCACCUUGUUAUCCAACAAAAGAUCUGAAUAACACUUGUGACAUAAAAACGUUUCCAAAAAUCACAGAUACUAAAAAGAUAGAAGAUUUGUACUGGAGACAGCUGGCAUUAAAACCCCAACAUACACCUUACUGCAACCCGAACCAUUACAUUCCAUAUGAGCGAUUUAAAUGUGUCAUAGGUGACCAGUAUACUAUGUGUCAAAACUCUCUUAGCCUUAGUAAGCCUAGUAUUUUAGAAAGUAAACGAGACUUGGGAGCUUUUGAUUUAGAACAUUUUUUAAGUAAGCCAGAAGAACAGUCGUCCUUGAACACAGAAAAUGAGGAAACAAGACCUAUUCUGGGUUGGAUUCCUAGAGCUGGAGUGGCCAAGCCUCAGACUGACCUGCUGGGGCUUAAGAACUCUUUUUCAAAAACUGGUGCACAAAAACGUUUCCAUAAAUCAAUUCUUGAAGACCAUAAAGACCUCAGGGAUAAAGUGCAUUCAGGGAUGAAACACCAAUUCUAUGGCCAUAAUUCCUAUUAUUUCUAUAAUUGA